AUGUCUGCCACCAUCACAGACUUGGAACUACGAGACCGAUAUUUAUCACUUUCUCUUCUGGACGUACACAAUAACACAGCACGGCUAUCGUCUUCCCUUUCUAGUUUGGAGGUUAGACAGCAGCAACAGAUGAAGUGUGAGAUCCAAACACUGACAAAUUCCCAACAGCAUGACAUUACCACACUGAAUGAUACAAUUACUCAUCUUAAGAAUCGUGUUCAAUCCAAUGUAGGUUUUACAGCUGGGAUAAUGGGACAGUUAUACGGGCGACAUACAUAUACAGGUGGAGAAACAGUCAAAUUUUCAAAUAUCAUAUACCAGGUUGGAGGAGGAUACAACCCUACAACAGGAGUGUUUACUGCCCCAAAGGCAGGGCUCUAUCUUAUAUUCUGUACUAAUGUGGCAUAUAAUGAUGAAUCCUUCUGGACAAAAAUAAUGAUUAAUGGUUCAAUUAAGGCAGGAGCCAUGGCGUAUCUUGAAUCCUCUACCAUACAUGCCUAUCAGUCAGCCUCCAACCUUGUCGUCCACCAGUUACAGUUAGGAGACAGAGUCUGGAUACAAGUACACAGUGGUAGUCAUCUGUAUUCAUAUUCUACAGAUACAACCUUUUCUGUGAUCAUGAUUAAUGCAUCAGAUUAA